AUGGCAUCUUUCAACAAAUUUAAAAACGUGCUAAUGCUGGCAUUUGACUGGAUCCUGUAUGGUGCUGGUGUUGCAGGUCACUGCCGAGUCACUGUGGCACAGCCCAGGUUUCAGCAGGCUGACUCCUCCAUGAACGUGUCCCUACCCUGCUCCUUCUCUGCCUCUGGAUGCUCCUCAUCCCAACCUGAAGUUCUGUGGUUUCGCUUUUUAACUAAUACUCAUCAGGAUUUGUGUACUCCUGGAUGCAGAGAUCACCAGAAGUACAAAGUACAUUCAUCAGGAAAUAACAUCUUACUUCAGAUCAAAGAUCUGACUGAAGAUGACAGUGCUGUUUAUAUCUGUGGAAUAGCAUUUUCAGACUCAGAGUCACCCCUUUCUAAACAAACAGGAGAUGGAACAGUACUAACAGUAACAGGGAAGCAGCUCAGCCGUGGAAAACUCAUCUCCAUGAUCAUUGCCUCGUCCUUACUGUUCCUGUACAGCUCUGCUGUGCUCAUUUCCUUUGUGGUCUACAAGUUAAAACCAAAGCUGCGAAAGAAAAGUGGGAAAGACCAAAUAACAGAGAACUGUAAAAUAAAUAGCGGCCGAAAAAUUUUUCAAGCAAUUGCUCAAGAACUUCAAAAGCAGAGAUAUGCUCAACACCAACAACAGCCUGAGGAUCUGGAAGAUGACACUGUUUAUCAGAACAGAUGA